GAGCCUUCAGUGUGUGAAGGAGCCCGGCUCUGAAGGAUCUCUCCCGACCACAGCUGGAAAACCGGAUCAGGACGGCGGUUUAAUGCCACGCCGCCAGCGGAAUAAGUGAGGGGGGAGCGGGCCGUCUCUCAGGGAUAAUCUGUGUGGAUACGGCUGGAUUUCCUCUGAGGGAUUUGGAUCUUCUGUCUUUCUGGAAUAAGUGCCUCUCAAUGAUAACGGAAUGAAUGGGAUUUCCUCAUAAGUGGAGCGGCUGGACGUUCAUGGGUGUGAGGCUUUGAUCCUGUCAGAGUGGGACUGAGGAGGGGGCGUGCCGACCUGGAAGAUGGUUCCUCCUCCUGUCCACCUGUCCGGACCCCUCCUGUGCAGAGGGGGGGUGAUGCUCCUGCUGCUCAGCUGCUCCGUCUUCUGCUCGCUGGCUGACAGCUUGCCAAGUUUUGUCAAAAUCCCUGAAGAUCAGACCGGCAUCUCGGGGGGCGUGGCCUCGUUUGUGUGCCAGGCCUCCGGGGAGCCCAAACCCAGGAUCACCUGGAUGAAGAAAGGAAAGAAAGUCAGCUCCCAGCGCUUCGAGGUGAUUGACUUUGACGACGGUUCUGGUUCGGUUCUGCGGAUCCAGCCGCUGCGCACUCACAGAGAUGAAGCCAUUUACGAGUGCACGGCCACCAACAGCGCCGGCGAGAUCACCGUCAGCGCCAAGCUCACCGUGCUGGAAGAGAACCAGAUCCCCCACGGCUUCCCCAACAUUGAUAUGGCCCCCCAGCUGAAGGUGGUGGAGAGGACCAGGACAGCCACCAUGCUGUGUGCCGCCAGCGGGAACCCGGACCCGGAGAUCUCCUGGUUCAAGGACAUGCUUCCGGUGGAUAUCAGCAACAGCAACGGGCGCAUCAAGCAACUCCGCUCAGGUACGGCACCUUGUCAGCGUAUCUGCAAGUCACAAAGAGCGAGCAGAAGAAGCCUCAGACAAUGGCUUCUCCACAGGCCGCCGCGGCGAUAUAACCCUCGCGUGUGUCAUGGUCGUCCUUUGUAUCGUCUCUGUAUCCACCGACCCGUUUGGUCUUCCUCAUCAUGCAGAAGUUCUCCAAAUCCAGCCGGCUCACUCUCUCUUUCUGUCCCUUUAGUACGAAGAGUCCCACCGAGAUUCUCCAUCCCCCCCUCCAACCAGGAGGUGAUGCCCGGCGGCAGCGUCAACCUGACCUGCGUGGCGGUCGGUUCGCCCAUGCCCUACGUCAAAUGGAUGAAGGGGGAGGUGGACCUGACCAAGGAGGAAGACAUGCCGCUGGGACGAAACGUGCUGGAAGUCACAAACAUCCGGGAAUCGGCCAACUACACCUGCGUGGCCAUUUCCUCUUUGGGCAUCAUUGACGCCGCGGCACAGGUCACUGUCAAAGCCUUACCAAAGCCCCCCGCCUCCCUCACCGUCACCGAGACCACGGCGACCAGCGUGACUCUCACCUGGCUCUCGGGAAACCCGGAGCCCGUGUCCUACUACAUGAUCCAGUACCGAGCCAAGUCUUCGGACAACGGCUUCCAGGAGGUGGAGGGAGUGGCCACCACCCGCUACAGCAUCGGCGGUCUGAGUCCGUACUCUGAGUAUGAGUUCCGGGUCAUGGCUGUCAACAACAUUGGCCGCGGACCCCCCAGUGACCCGGUGGAGACCCGCACCGGAGAACAAGCCCCUUCUUCCCCUCCUCUGCACGUGCAAGCGCGAAUGCUGAGUUCCUCCACCAUGCUGGUCCAGUGGGAGCCUCCGGAGGAGCCCAACGGACAGAUCCGAGGCUACCGGGUCUACUACAGCCCCGACAUGAGUCCCCCGCUUAGCGCCUGGGACAAACACAACACAGACGACAGCAGCCUGACCACCAUCUCGGGGCUGACGCCGGACAUCACCUACAGCCUCAGAGUGCUGGGCUUCACCUCGGUGGGCGACGGGCCCCCCUCAGACGUCCUGCAGGUCAAAACUCAGCAGGGAGUCCCCGCCCAGCCGUCCAGCUUUGAGGCAGAAGCUGAGCUGGACACACGGAUCCGGCUGUCCUGGUUGUGGCCGGUCCAGGACCCCAUUACGCAAUACGAGCUGCAGUACUGGGAGGACGGCACGGACAGCAAGAUGUACGUGCGGUUCGACCCCGCCGGCUCCCACGCCGUGGACGGCCUCAAGCCCGACACUUUGUACCACUUCUCACUGGCGGCCCGUUCUGAAAUGGGCCUGGGCGUCUACACUCAGCCCAUCAAGGCCCGCACCGCUCAGUCCACUCCAUCCGCCCCCCCUCAGGAAGUCCAUCUAGUCAGCCUGAGCUCCACCAGCCUGAAGGUGAGUUGGGUGGCGCCACCGGCCGCUAGCCGCCACGGCGCCAUAGUGCGCUACACGGUCAGCUACCAGGCGCUGUCAGGAGAGGACACGGAGAGACAGGAAGUGGCGGACAUUGGCGCAGACGCCAGCAGCUUUGUGCUGGAGGGCCUGGAGAAGUGGACUGAGUAUCAGGUGUGGGUGAGGGCCCACACUGAUGUGGGGCCAGGACCCGAGAGCGCCCCGGUGAAGAUGAGAACCAAAGAGGACGUGCCAGGAGCCCCCCCCAGGAAGCUGGAGGUCGAGGCUCUGAACUCCACAGCAAUCCGGGUCACCUGGAAGCCCCCCCUACAGGUGAAACAGCACGGCCAGAUCCGGGGCUACCAGGUCAUCUUCUCCCGGCUAGAAAACGGCGAGCCUCGAGGUCAGCCCAACAUCAUGGACAUCGCUCUGCCGGAGGCCCAGGAGGCCGUCAUCGGGGGGCUGCAGUCUGAAACCACCUACUCUGUCACCGUAGCAGCCUACACCACCAAGGGGGACGGCGCUCGCAGCAAAGCCAAAGUCGUCACCACAACUGGGGCAGUCCCGGGGAAACCCAGCAUGAUCAUCAGCGCCACGUCGGGGAACACGGCUCUGAUCCAGUGGCAGCCGCCCAAGGAGAUGGUGGGUGACCUGAUGGGCUACCAGCUGCAGUUCAAGCGCACGGAUGAGGAGGGGUUCAGUUCCCGCGAACUGAAGAAGACGGACGACCACUACACCGUCACCGGUCUGCACAAGGGCGCCACCUACGUCUUCCGCCUCAGCGCCCGCAACCGAGCCGGCGUCGGGGAAGGUUACGUGAAGGAGAUCAGCACCCCUGAGGACACGCCCUCCGGCUACCCCACCAACCUGCAGGUCACCGGACUGACCCAGUCCAGCACCCAGCUGACCUGGGAGCCCCCCCUGCUGCCGGAGCGCAACGGCAGGAUCAUCUCCUACGUGGUGGUGUACAGGGACAUCAACAGCCAGCAGAACAGCACCAACCGCACCACCGACACGAACAUGACCAUCCAGGGCCUCAACCCCGACACCACCUACGACAUCCGCGUGCAGGCCUUCACCAGCAAGGGCGGGGGCCCGCUGAGCCCCAGCAUCCAGAGCAGAACCAUGUCCAACGAUUUCCCGACUCUAAACUUUGGCGUCAAAGCUGUGACCAAAACGUCGGUCCUGCUCACAUGGGAUUCACCUCCAAACUACAAGUCCCAGGCUCCUUUUAAGAUCCUCUACAACCAGCAGAGCGUGGAGGUGCAGGGAAACCUGAAGAGGAAGCUCAUCAACCAGCUCCAACCCGACACCGAGUACUCCUUUGUGCUGACGAGCAGGGGCCACAUCGCCGGCGGUCUGCAGCAGCAGGUCUCCAUCAGAACCGCUCCGGACCUCAUCAAAACCAAGCCCAGCAAACACCUGGCGCAUGGUAACCGGAUCACCAUCAGCCUGCCGGCGGUGCAGACCAGCGCUCACAUCAGCUGGUACUACAUCGUGCUGGUUCCCUCGUCCCCCUCGGCGCGCCGCUGGAAGAAUCCUGACGAGAUGGACCUGGAGGAGCUGCUCCGAUCCAGUGAAGGUCCAGUUCUGAGGCGCAGGCGCCACCUGGAUCCCGCCAAGCCCUACAUAACUGCCAAGCUGCCAUCCCUGCCGACCACCUUCACGCUGGGCGACGAGAAGAUGUACAACGGCUUCUACAACAAGCCGCUGAGCAGCCAGCAGGAGUACCUGUGCUUCGUCCUGGCCGUGCUGCAACACGAGGAGACCAACACCACGGCCAACUACAUGACCUUCUCAGCCAGUCCCUACUCGGACCCCAUCCUGGUGAAAGCUGAGAGGUCCGAGGGUCUGGAGCAAGCCGAAAUGCUGUGGGUGAUGGGGCCGGUCCUGGCUGUGGUCCUCAUCAUCAUCUUCGUCAUCGCCAUCAUCCUCUUUAAAAAGAAGCGGGCGUCGCCUCUGCCGAAGGACGAGCACUCGGGCGGAGUCAAAGACUCGCUGCUGGCCAACUCCUCCGACCCCGUGGAGAUGAGAAGACUCAACUACCAGACCCCAGGGAUGAGGGAGCACCCGCCCAUCUCCGUGGCGGUGCUGGCCGACCACAUCGAGCGGCUGAAGGCCAACGACGGCCUGUGCUUCUCCCAGGAGUACGAGUCCAUUGAUCCGGGCCAGCAGUUCACCUGGGAGCACUCCAACAUGGAGGUGAACAAACCAAAGAACCGCUAUGCAAACGUCAUCGCCUACGACCACUCCAGGGUGGUGCUGACCUCCAUCGACGCCGUUCCCGGCAGCGACUACAUCAACGCCAACUACAUCGACGGCUACAGGAAGCAGAACGCCUACAUCGCCACGCAGGGGCCGCUGCCGGAGACGCUCAGCGACUUCUGGAGGAUGGUGUGGGAGCAGAGGUCCAGCACCAUCAUCAUGAUGACCCGACUGGAGGAGAAGUCCCGGGUGAAGUGUGACCAGUACUGGCCGUCGCGAGGAACCGAGACCUACGGCAUGAUCCAGGUCACCAUGCUGGACACCGUGGAGCUGGCCACCUACAGCGUCCGCACCUUCGCUCUCUACAAGAACGGUUCCAAUGAGAAGAGGGAAGUGAGGCAGUUCCAGUUCAUGGCCUGGCCGGAUCACGGGGUGCCUGAGUACCCCACGCCCAUCCUGGCCUUCCUGCGGCGGGUCAAGGCCUGCAACCCCCUGGAUGCAGGCCCCAUGGUGGUCCACUGCAGCGCCGGCGUGGGCCGGACCGGCUGCUUCAUCGUGAUCGACGCCAUGCUGGAGCGCAUGAAGCACGAGAAGACGGUGGACAUCUACGGGCACGUGACGUGCAUGCGCGCGCAGAGGAACUACAUGGUGCAGACGGAGGACCAGUACAUCUUCAUCCACGAGGCUCUGCUGGAGGCCGCCACCUGCGGCAACACCGAGGUCCCGGCGCGCAACCUGUACGCCCACAUCCAGAAGCUCACCCAGCCCCCGCCCGGGGAGACCGUCACGGCAAUGGAGCUGGAGUUCAAGAGGCUGGCCAACUCCAAAGCCCACACAUCCCGCUUCAUCAGCGCCAACCUGCCCUGCAACAAGUUCAAGAACCGGCUGGUCAACAUCAUGCCGUUCGAGUCCACGCGCGUCUGUCUGCAGCCCAUCCGCGGCGUGGAGGGCUCCGACUACAUCAACGCCAGCUGCAUCGACGGAUACAGACAGCAGAAAGCGUACCUGGCCACGCAGGGACCGCUGGCUGAGACCACCGAGGACUUCUGGAGGAUGCUGUGGGAGCACAACUCCACCAUCGUGGUCAUGCUCACCAAGCUGCGAGAGAUGGGCCGGGAAAAGUGCCAUCAGUACUGGCCCGCAGAGCGCUCGGCCCGGUACCAGUACUUUGUGGUGGACCCCAUGGCGGAAUACAACAUGCCCCAGUACAUUCUGCGAGAGUUCAAGGUCACGGACGCCCGGGAUGGACAAUCCAGAACAAUCCGCCAGUUCCAAUUCACGGACUGGCCCGAGCAGGGAGUGCCAAAAACUGGAGAGGGCUUCAUUGAUUUUAUUGGACAGGUGCACAAAACCAAGGAACAGUUUGGACAGGACGGCCCCAUCACGGUUCACUGCAGUGCCGGAGUCGGCCGGACCGGAGUCUUCAUCACCCUCAGCAUCGUGUUGGAGCGGAUGAGGUACGAAGGCGUGGUCGACCUCUUCCAGACAGUGAAGACGCUUCGCACCCAGAGGCCGGCCAUGGUGCAGACCGAGGACCAGUACCAGCUGUGCUACCGGGCCGCUCUGGAGUACCUGGGGAGCUUUGACCACUAUGCAACGUAACCACUCCCAUCGUGCAGCUUGACGGGCCAGACCUCGCAGGAGAGUGCCAAGUGUCCCAUCUCAGCCACCAUCCUCUCACCUGGUCCUCUGAACCCCCCGCAGGGGUGCAGCAGGAGACGAGGGUUUCAACCAAUCACAGCGAUGCCCCCGCCUUCACAAAACACCUGUGAUUUUUGCUUUAAAGACGCCGCACUGACAAUGGUUCUUGUACAGACGUGACGGACGCAACAGUGGGAGGAACAUCCUCUGCUCCAGACGCAGCAGUGGGAGGAGCCUCCUCUGCAUCUUCUCAUACUUGAUGUUGAUCUUAUGUUUAGUACUCGUGUUCUGUUCUUCAUUGUAACCUUUUUAUUAUCAGAGUUGUGUUUUGUCUUAAACUGCCCCCCCCGGGCAGGCAUUAUUCUCAUAAUCAUUGUUAGGGGUGUUUUAGCAGGGGAGUCGGGAACCUCCGUUCUCCUGGCGGCUGCUCUCAGAGUUCUGUCAGCAUAUAUUUUUUUAAUUCCUUUAUGUGUCGUUGAUGUUUUCCUGCUUACAGUUCCAACACUCUGAUUGCCUUUUAAAUGAAAGAACCGCACAGGUUCUGUUGGAACCGCUAACCCGGUAACUAAUCCAAACCAGGAGAGCACAGACGUGGAAGCACAUCCGUUUGUUUGUCGUCUUUGUUUGGAAACGUCCCGUUAAAUGUCCGACGCCUGCGGCAUCGAGGCCUUCAUGCUCCGGCAGCAGAACCCGCCUGAAGAACUUCUGGACCCGCUGAACAAACGACUGAUUCCAGAGUCGAGACGCUCUUCGAGGCCCCCCACACCCAUCUCCUUGCCUGCAUUUGUUCUGUCUGUUUUCCGGAGUGGGGGCGCGUGGACUGAGAGGAGGGGGUGUGGUCCAUGCGAGCCCAGGAGACUCAGAACCUGUACAGAACCAACCAUUCCUGCAAGAGCGAUUCAGCCUUCUGGACUGAAACCUGCUAAUGUUUUAUAAAGAAUAAACUCUAUAUAGAUAUAUAAUUAUGACUGAUUAUAUAUAUGUACAAUUACACAUAGAUAUAUGCACAGCUUCAGAAUCUAUCAAGUUCUGCGGAGAAUCGAGUGUCUUCAUGGAAGCGCCGUCGUAUCUACUGUACUACCAUGUCCUACAGCAUCCAUCCCAACCAGGAAAACAGCACAACCCCCCAUCCAUCCAAACGGAUUACUCCUCACUGUACAAGCACACCCCACCUCCCCCACCAGAGGGGCGUGGCCUCCUGAGCGGAGGAAGGAGGAGGGAGGGAGGGAGGCGGGACUUGGACGGCUUCAUUUUUACCUUGUGAAUGCUUCGUGCUGUAGGAACUAAACCUGUUGUACACAGUCUGUUUUUUCUAUUUGUUAAUAAAGACCGGAAAAGAAAAUGUUGAUGAAAAAACGUUGAUGUCAAUAAAGUUAAAUGAUUGGGGUUUUUUUUUUACAAA